UAUGGUUGGAGUAUGUCUCAACAUAUGCCAUGUGGUGACUUUAAGUGGUAGACGUGGACGACGAAACAAAAAUUUUUAAGUCAGUGGAAGAGUUACUUGCGGAUUCUCCUGUAGGGAUGGCCCUUGAAGUGACGGUAUCGUACCCGAAAGAAUUACAUGAUGCCCACAACGAAAUGCCGUUUCUACCUGAAUGAAAACGUCCGCCUAAUUCACGGGUCAAAAAACUGUUGUCUACUUUCGAUCGGAAAGGAAACUACGUUGUACAUUAUCUAAAUUUAAAACGGGCUAUGGCGAACGGAUUAAAAGUAGAAAAGGUGCAUAAGGUGUUACAAUUUAAGCAGUCUGCAUGGCUAUCAAAAUAUAUACAACUCAACACGGAAAUGAGACAGAAUGCCAAUAAUUAUUUUGAAAAAGACUUUUUUAAAUUAAUGAACAACGAUGUUUUUGACAAAAUGAUGGAACGUGUACAAUUUAGAACGCAAAUGGAAUUGGUCAAUAAUCCUAAACGAGCGACUAAAUUAAUUAAAAAGCAUAAUUUCAAACAUUACAAUGAAAAUUUAUCGGCGUUUGUAUUGGAAAAUAAAAUUAUCGAUUUUUGUAAACCAGUAUAC